AUGAGCCUAGGACUGAAACCAUCCCUUUUUUCUCUGUUCUUCCAGACUCGUUCCUUACUGAGUGUCUUUGAAGAAGAUGCAGGGACCCUCACGGACUACACAAACCAGUUACUUCAGGCCAUGCAGCGAGUUUAUGGAGCCCAGAAUGAGAUGUGCUUAGCCACCCAACAACUUUCCAAGCAGCUACUGGCAUAUGAGAAACAGAAUUUUGCUCUUGGCAAAGGAGAUGAAGAAGUCAUAUCUACCCUCCAUUAUUUUUCCAAGGUGGUGGAUGAGCUUAACCUUCUCCAUACAGAACUGACAAAGCAACUGGCAGACACCAUGGUGCUACCCAUCAUACAGUUUCGAGAGAAAGAUCUCACAGAAGUCAGCACCUUAAAAGAUCUCUUUGGCCUCGCUAGCAAUGAACAUGACUUGUCCAUGGCAAAGUACAGCCGGCUACCGAAGAAAAAAGAGAAUGAAAAGGUGAAGUCCGAGGUGGCAAAAGAGGUGGCCGAAGCCCGAAGGAAGCAGCAUCUCUCAUCCCUCCAGUACUAUUGUGCCCUGAAUGCUCUUCAGUACAGGAAGAGGAUUGCAAUGAUGGAGCCCAUGUUAGGAUAUGCCCAGGGCCAGAUCAACUUCUUUAAGAAAGGAGCAGAGAUGUUCACAAAAAGGAUGGACAGCUUUUUAUCCACCACCAGAGCCAUGGUUCAAAGCAUCCAGGAGGAAUCGGAGGCCGAGGUAGAGAAGAUGCGGCUGGCCCAGCAGGAGCUCCUCUCUGUCGACGAGUCCGUUUACACCCCAGAUUUCGAUGUCGCUGCACCAGCCAUCAACAGGAACCUCAUCCAGAAGGCCGGUUACCUCAAUCUCAGAAACAAAACAGGGCUAGUGACCACCACGUGGGAGAGACUGUACUUCUUCACCCAAGGUGGGAACCUCAUGUGUCAGCCUCGGGGCGCCGUUGCUGGAGGUUUGAUCCAAGACCUGGACAACUGCUCUGUGAUGGCGGUGGACUGUGAGGACCGGCGCUACUGUUUCCAGAUUACAACCCCAACUGGAAAAUCGGGGAUCACCCUUCAAGCCGAAAGCAAAAAGGAGAACGAGGAGUGGAUCUGUGCCAUCAACAACAUCUCCAGGCAGAUCUAUCUGACUGACAACCCAGAGGCUGUGGCCAUCAAGUUGAAUCAGACAGCGCUCCAGGCAGUGACGCCAAUCACAAGCUUUGGGAAAAAACCGGACACGACACGCUCAAGCCAGAACCGGAAGCAUUCAGGCUUAGAAAAUGACAAGAUGGUCCCCAACACGCCAGCUAAAGUUCCUGAUGCCGACCAGUUAAUCGUACCUGGAACACCCAUUCAGUUUGAUAUUGUCCUUCCUGCUACUGAAUUCUUGGAUCAGAAUCGAGGUGGCAGGCGUACAAACCCAUUUGGUGAAUCUGCAGAUGAAAAACAGCCCAAUGAGGACUCGGACUCCCUGCUCCAGCAGAUGUUUGUAGUUCGGUUCUUGGGAUCCAUGGCUGUCAAAACAGAUGGCACCAGUGAGGUGAUCUACGAAGCCAUGAGGCAAGUGUUGGCUGCCCGGGCCAUCCACAACAUCUUCCGCACGACAGAAUCUCAUCUGAUGGUCACCAGCAAGACUCUGAGGCUGAUCGACCCUCAAACCCAAGUAACAAGGGCCAGUUUUGAACUCACCAGCGUCACGCAGUUUGCAGCCCAUCAAGAAAACAAGAGAUUAGUAGGUUUCGUCGUUCGAGUCCCCGAGUCUGCUGGAGAAGAAUCCCUGAGCACAUAUGUUUUUGAGAGCAACACGGAGGGGGAGAAGAUUUGUUAUGCUAUUAGCUUGGGGAAAGACAUUAUUGAGGCUCAGAAGGACCCAGAAGCCCUGGCUCAGCUGAUGCUCUCCAUGCCACUCACCAAUGAUGGAAAGUUUGUGUUGUUGAACGAUCAGCCAGAUGGUGAAGAUGGAAACUCAAAUGAAAAUAAAGGAGCUGAAUCCGAAGCAUAAAGUCCAUUUUUGCUGGUGAUGGAGAAAAUACUGGGGAUCCCCCCCCCAAGUCUCUGGGUUCUCUCGUGUUUCUCACUGCGGGGCAGUUUCUGAAUUCUGACAAUCGUUAGCAGAAUGUUUCGUCCAAGCCUUGGUGCUGUGAAGGCAGUAAGAAAUGGUUGAUGAUGGCUCAUUUCUGCUGAAUUUAACUAUUUUAGGUACUUCAUAGCAAAGUCCUUUUCCCUUUUUGCAUCAUGUAGUUCUGAAUGAAGGUUGAGGGGGGGAAAUGCACUGUUCGCUUUAUUUUUCAAUGAAGUCAACCCUCCUCAGUUCCUCGUGUCCUUUUGAAGUGUGGCUGUAGCCUAGAUUUACAAUUUGAUAAACACUAAAUGUUUCCUAUUAAUAUAAUCUAUUUUUGUAUUUCAUCUAAUGAGAUUUAAGUGCCUCUCAUUCUUAUGUGACCAUGCUGUAAAGAAACACAUUUAACAGGGCCACUGUUCUCGGGCAUCUGGACUUGAGAGUUCUCUCCUGCAGAUGGGCAGAACACAGUUUGGCUGUCCCAGAUGUAGGUUCAAGUCUGGCUUCGGACAGCCGUCCCACACAUUGGCCAUGCAAUAAAAACUUCAGCACAAUAAGGCAUAUGAUUUUGUACUGAAACAUAAUACAACCAGCAUCCAGAAGCCCUGGGGACAAGCAGCAGACCUCCUUCUAUGGUGGAAAUUCAGAAAUUCCCAUGCAGCUCUGCUGAGCCAGACCCGUCCCAGGGAAGGGACCAAUUGUUUCUAAAGCGGACUGAGCCACAGCCAGGAGAGGCUGGAAUUCAAAGCCUCAUCAUCCACCCUCCUCACCUCCACCAACUUAAUAUUCUUCCUAAUGAUACCCUGACCAGAUCUGAUGAUGGAGUCAAGUGUCUUCCCCAGCUGGAUUUCCAGUCUGCCUCUGGGCCCUGUAAUCCUCCCUCUUCCAUGAAAGAAGCAGCCAGGAAUGAUGAUCUCAAAUCGGUGUGGUUUACAGUGACAGAGUCUGACAAUUCACAGCUGUCUUUGUUAUUAAAUAAGUCUAGCAAAAAACGCUAGAAAAUAAAA